AUGGCAGACAUGGCUGCUUGCAUACGCCAAUCAGAUUGGUUUCGCCCACGAAUGAGCCAGGUAAUCCGUGCUCUUGAAGGCGAGGUGACCCGUGACCAUAAGAAACGUGGAAGGGAGUGGCCGAACAGGUUGAUCCAGAUAAGUUUUUUUUUUGUUGAAGUUGAUCCAAAUAGUUUGUGUCCAAGAAUAGAAGAUAUCGAAGGAAACUGCAAAGAUGAUGGACUGACGUGUGAGAAGUAUAUGUCGACAACUUAUAACCGUAACUAUUUUAAUUGCACAUGUGACAACGUCUACAUGAUACAUAAGAUCAAGCGUUACUGCCGAUGUAAUUCAAUAUGUCCAGACGCUCCACCUCCACCGAUCCAGCCUCGUUAAAUAACAUCUCACUGGUCCUUACUGAUAACAAAAGAGAAGUUGUGAGUGUUUGUAGUGUGGAGAUCACACACGAAUAGGUUUUGUUAGUCACCAAUCUUUCUUCUGUAAUAAAGUCAUGAGUUGAUAUUUUAUAACUAGUAUGAGUUUCUCGAUCAAUAUAUCUAUUUUUAGAAAUCCAUAUUUAUUUUAUUUCCACCAGAUGUUUAUACUGUUAAUACUCUAUAAAUUAAUAAUAAUAUCAGUCAAGCAGUUAACAACAUCAGUUUACAGGUCCUAAAAGUGUAAUAAGUUUCACCACAACUACGGGUCCUAUUGGCAUGAUUAAAGUAUGAUUAAUUGGGGUUCUUAGGGUGAAGUUCUUAGCGCAAUAUAAGAAAUCGUCUCUUAACUUUUAACUAAAAAAACUAAGAACUGGCUCUUAAAUAAGAUAUUUAACAACCGAUUCUUAGUUUUUUUAGUUAAAAAUUAAAAGACAGUUUCUUAUAUUCCGCUAAGAUUAAUACCCUAAAAACCUGAUAUUAAUCAUGCUUUUAGUCUACUUCAUUCAUUUGCAGCUAUUUGAUUGACAUCGAUCUGUACGUGAAGGGGUUCCAAAGAACACUGCUUGUGUUCUAGCUUUCACCGUGAACUAUAAAUAUAUGCGUAAUCUUGAUUAUAUAUUUUCUUGAACAUUUGUGUACGUCCCACUCUUUGCAACACCUCAUCAUUCUUUUUGAUCAUCUUUUAUUGACAAAGGGUUAUAAAUGAUGUUUCAAUUAUUAUUUUAAACGUAUAUACAAUGGUACAU